AUGAAGUCAGGAAAAGCCGCAACGAAAUCUGAACGAACGAUUGCAAAGGAACUGGAUACGAAGUCAGCCAAGCCGAACGAGAAACUCGAGGUUGUUACUGCUUAUUCGUCGGGGAUUGUUCAGGCUUGUAGUACAGAUCUGGCAGCAUAUUUUGUUUGGGACAAGUGGACACCCAUCGAUUGGAAAGAAGAGUAUGCAGUCUUUGUUACCACAAGUUCCGGGCUUGAACGAUAUUUGAAAUCAGAGCACGACCUAGCCGAAGGAAUCGUAAUACCUGAAGGUGCGUUCCGUCAUACUGCAAUCUCGCUCAAGUCGAUAUAUUCUCAUCACGUAUCGAGCGCGAAAAUUUCCACGUCUCCCGGACCGUCUGGCAUUACCACGGUGCAUAGAAUUUAA